GUUAAGAACUGAACCUACAGAGAAAAAGCUCAUUUGUAUGUUAAUGUCUCUCCCAGACACAGCAACGCGACAUCUACCACCGUCACACUGCCCGGUCACCAGAGGAACCUGCAGCUUCAUAUCAUAAGAGACGCGGCUGAAAGAAGGUAUCUCCGAAUAAAGACGUUGAGGAAGGUCUACAUCACAGGAGACGUCACUGGAUGUAACAGAAAUGAUCCAUAUGUCACAUACACAAACUUGCACCAGUUUACUGAAGAAGAGGUCUCUCUGCGGUUUCCUUGCUGGGUUAACUGUAUACCUUCUUGUCUACUGUUCACUACAAUCCAAUAAAAUGCAGUCACCCAGUGACAUCCUAGCAGGGAAAAAUACAGAAAUGAAGUCAAAGCCAGAAGUACGACAUAGCUCCACUUAUAACACAGGUGAAAGUGAUGCUCUUUCUAGGAAGGUUAGAAUACUUUGUUGGAUCAUGACUGGACCAACAAAUUUAUCUAAAAAAACGAUUCAUGCAAAAAAUUCUUGGGCCCGUCACUGCAAUAUUAUUCUUUACAUGAGUUCUACGACUGAUGAGACAUUUCCAACAAUUGGUUUGGACGUCAAAGAAGGAUGGGAUCAGCUUUACUGGAAGACCAUUCGAGCUUUUCAAUAUAUAUAUAAGAACUACCUGGACAAAGCUGAUUGGUUUCUUAAGGCAGAUGAUGACACCUACGUUGUGGUGGAAAAUUUGCGUUGGAUGCUUUCAAAUUAUACUUCUGAUCAGCCUCUCUAUUUUGGAAAGCGUUUCAAGCCAUUUGCCAAGCAGGGCUUCAUGAGCGGUGGAGCUGGAUAUGUACUUAGUAGAGAAGCUGUUAAACGUUUUGUGGAUGCUUUCCGCUCCGGUAACUGUAAUCACACGACCCACUUGGAGGAUGUUGGCCUGGGUCAGUGCAUGGACAAAAUAGGAGUUAUAGCUGGAGACUCAAGGGAUACCCAGGCAAGAGAGACCUUCCACCCACUUUCACCUGAAAGUCAUCUGACAACACAUUUUGAUCCAGAUUUUUGGUAUCCAAAGUAUUGUUUCUACCCUCUUGUUGAGGGUCCUCAGUGCUGCUCGGACCUGGCCAUAUCCUUUCAUUACGCUGAUCCAGAAUUAAUGCACUCUCUAGAGUACUUUGUGUACCACUUAAGGGCGUAUGGAUACAAGUAUCGUUAUCAGCCACCAUUACCAGAGGCUGCAGGACGAUGAGGAGAAGCCUGAAGUAGUAUAGAUCCUCUCAACAUCAAACAUGACUAUAUGACAAUGCAAAUGAAAGUUUAUAAAAGCUGUAUCAUCUGCUUCAAAAUAAAUGGUGGUUCCAGAUACGGGUGACACAAUAGACCUAG